GUAGUGUUAGACUGGUUAUUCGAAAAACUAGAGUAGCUCACGCGCAGCGAACAAGAAUACACUACCAGAGCUGACGGGCGAUCUAUUUCGGGCAGCCACUGCCACACCGUACACUCGUUUUGAUUCAAUAGUCGACACUUCUUUGUCUCGUGAAAAACACAUCGCACGUUACCUAUAAGUAUCCUAUAUUACAGUCAUGCAUCCUUGAUUAGCACGCGACUUGUUUAUAAAAGUGUCCCAAAAUGGGAAACGCGUUCAGUACUUACUCGGCAAGGGAAGGAGCCACAGACGUCAUUAGUGAAAGUGAAACAAUGAGCGACAGUAAUACCCCGUUUGAAGACGCCCAUGAGUUCCAUGACACCGUUGAUGAUGACGAAGCGCGUGUCAAGGCCAAAGAAGAAGAAAUGGACGAGUUUAGAAAACAACUGAGCUUAAAACGGGAACAAAGAAAGUUAAUCCUGGCCCGGCAUAGAGCAGAAAAGGAGCAGCUAGAAAAAUCUUUAGAGGAUGCCAAUAAGGCUAAAUUAGCCUUACAAGAAAACAACAGAAUGCUAAGGGAUUUGUUGACUGCGAAUAAUAUAGAAAUCCCAGAAAAGUAUAAGGCUUCUGAUGAAUUAUCAGAGCUCAGUGGAGCUAUAGCAAGUAUGGCAGAAGAAUUUGAAGCACUCAAGUCUAGCAAUAACAAGCUGAGACGAGAUCUUGCUGAUACAAAUGUUUCUCUGCAGCAUGCUUAUUCAGAAAUAGCUGAUUUAAACGCUCAGAACACGGAUUCUAUCAAGCAUAUAAACGCACUGAAAGAAGUGAUUACAGUCAGCAAAACUAUGAUCAAUCUCCGAGAACAACAGCUGAAUGAGUUGAAAGAUAAACUACGUGAAAUAGAACAGAGUCUGGCAGACAGAGAAGCAAAUAUGUUGUCUGCGGAUCUUAGACAGGAGUAUGAGAGACAGUUGCAAAAUAUUAGGACGCUUCGUGGAUUGUAUGAAGAACGGGCUCGAUUGGCUGAAGUCACUAGACAAGGUCUGGCGCGUGAGCUUGAGGAACAAAAGCAACUCAAACAAGCUGAGACUAACAAAAACGCAGAACUUACAACUAAAGUAACCGAACUCGAAACAACAGUCACGAAUCUAGAAGAGACGGUUGAAAAUAAAAUAGAACAAAUAUCUUCAUAUCAAGAUGAGACUCGCCGAUUGCAAGAGGAAAUGUCUGCUGUUAACAAGCUUUUCUCCCAAGUCCUUCUUGGUUAUAAAACUAAACAAGAUUUAGACAAAUUAGUCGUUCGUCUGGAAGAAAACCACGGUCUUCUGACGCAUAUGGCUGAAAGAGAUAAUGGGUCAGAGGCGUCUUCGGCUCUGCCCAAACUGUUAUUGGAAAUUGUAAGUCAAGUGGAUGAAGGAGAGGCAAUGCAUAAAUUUGAAGAGGGUACUAUAAGUGUCCCAGACGAAGAGUCAAAGGAAGUCGUCAAGAGUGAAGAGUCAGAAUCUCAAAAUCCUAAUACAUCAGCUGAAGAAAUUGUUCAGAAUCUGCCCAAAGUUUGGAGAGUUCUUAUGGAGCUUCUAAGUCAUCAAAGUGAAGCCGAAUCUGGGACUUCGGAGAAAGUUGAGACGUGUUAUAAAACAGUUGAAACUAAAGCUGGCUCAGUGUUGGUGCCAAGUGUUAGUCAGACGUACAUCCGAUUAAAGGAUUUAAUCGUCGAAAAGUUGGCACUCAUCAAAGAAGUAAACCGCAUGAAACAACUAAAUGUACAUUUGGAGACUCGUUUAGAAGAACAAGAGCGUAGAUUGUCACUCGUUACAACCGAACUAAGCAAAACCUGGCACGUUGUUGGAAAACUACGUAGACAUCACCAUCAACUACAUACACAUGAAAAAAUACUCAAAUAUGAAUUGCAACAGAAAAGGAAACUACUCAAUGAACUUAAAGAUGAGUUAGAAUAUUGUAGAGAAAAAUGGGAACAGGCGCGCGAAAAGAACACGCAGACGGAACGUGACUGGAGAAAACUUAGAGCUGAAUUCACUAGCAGGAAAACCAAAUCCAACUCACCGUCAUUCAAUAAUUCAGGUGAAAGUGGUUAUAGUGAUGAAAGACCAUCCGAUGAUUCUUCAGAAUCAAACGACGAAAGCGAAUAUGUAACGGAACCAUUGGUGAGGUGUAAGAAGAAGAAUAAGAAGUCAGCUGAAGCCAUCUUAGAUUCUAGUGCUGACUUUAAUUUAGUGGCAGAAAGAGAGGAUCCAGCUAGUGACAUGCUAGAUGUUGCUGAAUUGCCAUUAGAUACGCAGGAUGAUACUUCUGGUCUAGACGCAUCUAUAUCAGUCUCUAAUAAUAGUGAAAAUCGGUCAAAUAAUAAAGCCGCUGACGAAACUGAAGACGAAGUUGGAGAGAUAACAAACGACUCAUGCACCGACGAUUCUUCGGGAAUUGAACAUUAUUGUAACAGUGAUUAUUGUUGUGUAGGUACAAGUACCGAACAAGAUGCACCUAGCAACAAUAAACAAACUAAACUCUUAAAACCGGAUGUUAAUCCGACAUCAACUACAAAUAUACCUUUAAUUGACCCCGCUGCUAUUCUUAAAAGUAUUAAAGAACAAACAGAAAGACUGGCUAAGAAAGACGAAAGAUUAAAUAAUUUAGAAAAAAAUAGUUUGUCAUUAUUAAAGAAAACGCAGGCAACUGAUAAGUUGUCUAAACAAAUAGACAGUACAUUAGACCAUCUCUUAAAUCGUCCUUCAACCAGCGAAAACAUUGAAUCUAAGGAAUUAGACAUCAUAAAAGAGGAGAUGCCUAUAAGUACAGAAUUCGAAAUUGUAGAGCAAACACAAAAUAACGACGACAAUAAAAUUGAUAACAGUCAACAAUCACAUGUAAUUAGUGAACCUACAAAAAGUGAAAAUAUUGAAAUGACGCCUCAAUUAAUCACAAAUAAUUCAGAAAACAUAUUAUAUGAAAAUAUUGUCGACUCAUGUCAGAGUAAUACCAACAUGAAUGUGGUUGAAGGAACUUCCUCUAAUACCAAUACUAAUAUACCAGAGAUUAACGCUGCCAGUAUACUCGAAAGUAUACGUCAACAAGACGAAAGACUAGCAAGAAGAGAUGAAAGACUUCAGAAACUAGAGGAAGGCUGUUCAGAAGUGGUUAAUAACAUAUCUAACACCGUUAAAACCGGUGAAGACAUAAGCACGAAAUUAGAUAAACUUCACGACAUGCAUCAAAAGAAAACAGACGAGGAAGCAGGAACAUCCGAGGAUAAAAGUGUUCCUGAACCAUCCACGUCAGCAGAAAUAGAUCAUGAAGCCAGAUUUGCUGCACGCGAUCUUCGACUCAAAAGACUUGAAGAACAAACGAAGUCGCUCGUGAAUAAGGUAAAUAAAACUACUACUAAAGGCGUCAAGAUACAUUACAAGUUGGAAGAGUUGCAUAAUAUAUAUGGAUCUGAAGGUUCAAGAGCGGGAACACCAUCUGACGAUACUGAGGAUACACCAACGAAUAAUGAAGAAGACGCAGAACAAUAAAAGACUUAUCCGUAUUGUUUUGGUUUUGAAACUGUA